UAUAACCCUAGCCGUAGUUUGGAUAGAACACUCACCUUUGUCCUCGCAAAUUUGAAUCUCCUCGCAUUCCCUCCACUUUUCGUGGUAAGGGUUUCUAGGUUCUGUGAAACGGAACCGGUCUCAAUUUGUGUUUUUCUCUUACCAUAUCUGCUCUGUCCGAAGUGUUUUCAUUUUUUUGACCCUACUCCAGUAAUUGCAAAUUUUCAUUUCCUUCUACUUUCAAAGUUACUUUUUUUGUAGAUCUGGUUGUUGUUGUAAAGUUUUCCUUCUUUCCCGGCGGUUUAUUGACCCGAUUUUGGUCUGUGUAGUUUGACUUUUUAUAUUGUUUACGAAGAAGAUGCUUUCAGACGCUUCAGUGGCUAUGGACGAAAUGGAGAAGGGGGAUAUGGACAAGCCUCUUGCAGACUCUCCGACCUCUGUUCUUGAGGACGAGGACCCCUCUAAGGAAGAACUUAAAGCAGAAGAAGAAGUAUUUUGCGAUUCAAAAAAUGGGGAUUCUUCUUUUAUAUCAGAAUCCAUGGUGAAGGAAGAAGAGGUGCUUUUGGAAAACCGUGUGAAGGAGGAAGAAGAAAAUGUAGAGGCAGUUGACUUGAACGAAACUCAGUUCUCAAAACUAGACGAGCUUCUGACUCAGACACAGCUUUAUUCAGAAUUUCUGCUUGAGAAAAUGGAUAAUAUUAAUGUGGGUCAGGAUGGAGUGGAAGAAGGAGAGGUCAAACCAGCUGAAGAAACUAAAAAAGGACGAGGUAGGAAAAGAAAAGCAGCCACACAGUAUGACAAUAAAAAGGCAAAGAAAGCUGUUGCAGCAAUGCUGACAAGAACUAAAGAAGGCGAAUCUCCAGACUAUUCAGCCCUGACUGAAGAGGAGAAAGCUGAUAAGGAACAAUCCAAGCUUGCACCAUUGCUGACUGGUGGGAAGUUGAAGUCUUAUCAAAUUAAAGGAGUGAAAUGGAUGAUCUCAUUGUGGCAAAAUGGACUAAAUGGAAUCCUUGCUGAUCAAAUGGGACUUGGAAAAACAAUCCAAACGAUUGCAUUUCUUGCACACUUAAAAGGAAAUGGUUUGGUCGGGCCUUUCCUUGUCAUUGCCCCUCUUUCUACCCUCUCAAAUUGGUUGAAUGAAAUUAAUAGGUUCACGCCAUCAAUGAAUGCAAUCAUUUACCACGGUAGCAAGAAGGAAAGGAAUGAGAUAAUAAGGAAGCAAAUGCCAAGGGCAAUAGGUCCCAAAUUCCCUAUUGUAAUUACAUCAUAUGAAGUUGCAAUGUCUGACGCAAGAAAGUAUCUGCGGCAUUAUAAUUGGAAAUAUCUUGUGGUUGAUGAGGGACACAGAUUGAAAAAUUCAAAAUGCAAGUUGUUGAAGGAAUUAAAACUCUUACCUGUAGAAAAUAAGCUCCUCUUGACUGGGACACCUCUUCAGAAUAACUUGGCAGAACUUUGGUCCCUUUUGAAUUUCAUUCUACCUGAUAUUUUCUCAUCCCACAAAGAAUUUGAGGCAUGGUUUGACUUUUCUGGUAAGGGAAAUAAUGAAGAUUCAAAAGAGAAUUUGGCAGAGAAUAGGAAAGCACAAGUUGUUGCUAAACUCCAUGCAAUAUUGCGCCCUUUUCUUCUACGGAGAAUAAAAGCAGAUGUCGAGCUAAUGCUCCCUCGUAAGAAAGAAAUUAUUGUGUAUGCCACUAUGACCGAGCACCAGAAGAAUUUCCAGGAACGUCUCAUUAAUAAGUCACUGGAAGGUCAUCUUAUUGAGAAUGCGACUGGGAUGGGUAACAGAUUCAAGGGAAAUCUUAACAAUCUCAUGGUUCAACUUAGAAAGAACUGCAACCACCCUGACCUCUUAGAAUCUCAGUUUGAUGGUUCUUAUUUCUACCCACCCGUGGAGCAAAUAGUUGGUCAGUGUGGCAAGUUUCAGUUGCUAGACAAACUUGUUGGAAAACUGCUUGAACAAAAACACAAGGUUCUGAUUUUCUCUCAGUGGACUAAAAUGCUUGACAUAAUUGAGUACUAUUUUAGUCAAAAGAAUUUGGAAGUCUGCAGAAUUGAUGGCAGUGUCAAAUUGGAUGAAAGGAGAAGACAGAUUCAAGAGUUCAAUGAUGUAAACAGCCCUUAUAUGAUAUUCCUUCUGAGUACUAGAGCUGGUGGAUUGGGAAUAAAUCUCACCUCUGCUGACACCUGCAUUUUAUAUGACAGUGAUUGGAACCCCCAGAUGGAUCUACAGGCAAUGGACCGGUGCCACAGGAUCGGUCAGACAAAACCUGUUCAUGUUUACAGGCUUGCAACAGCCCAAUCAGUUGAAGGACGGAUUCUAAAAAGAGCUUAUAGUAAGUUGAAGCUUGAGCAGGUGGUGAUUGAGAAAGGCCGGUUCCAGCAAGAGAGAAGCAACCCGAGCUGUACUGAUGUAUUAAAGGAAGAGGAUUUGUUGCUUCUUUUGCUAGAGGAAGAAAGUGAAGAAGAUAAGUUGGUGCAGACACAUAUAAGUGACAUAGACUUGGAGAGAGUUAUGGACCGCAGUGACUUAAUUGUCCCUCCUUCAAUGGAUGAUGUGGUGCAGGCAUGUUCAAAUGCCACUUUCCCUUUGAAAGGACCUGGUUGGGAGGUUGUUAUACCUACUGCGUCUGCAGGCGGUCUUUCUUCCAUCAACGGCUGACUCGUCGACCGCUUAGUGUUUUGCUUAUUUUUUGGGCUUCCUGAAGUGAAUAUAUAGAUCGGAUGGGUCAUGGUUUUCCUCAUUUUCAAGUUGAUUAGAUGGGAAACAUGCAAAGUGGAAGCAAUGUAGAAUUUUGUACAAUUGAAAUCUGAACAAGUGAACGGUCAGUUCAGAUCAGAUCACAUUUUGUAAAACUUGUUUUUGAUCGUAGGCACGGGGUCCCUACCCUUGCGUAUCUCUAAUUAAUAAAAAACUAUUAAAAAAUACGGAGUAUUAAAGAAGUUAGCA